UGUAAUUUCUUAUUACUUAUCUAUAAAUGUUUUUGUUUAUUGUUUAUUAUUUUAUGAUACUAUUUUACAUGAAUUGGUCCAUUAUAUUAGGUAUAUAAUAAAUAAAUAAAUUACCAAAAAUGUUCAAAGUUAUCGAUGAAUUGAAUACAUUACAUUUAGAUUCUCUAAGUGAUGAAUGGGUGCAGGCAAGUUAUUAUUCAGAAUUUUUAGAAUUUGGUGAUAUCCCUUCAGAAUAUGAGAGUAUAUUAGAGUCUGUCGAUAUUAAAACUUUAUUUCAAAGCAUAAUAAAGUCAUUUGACGAUUGGCUUAAUACAACAAAUAGCGAAGAUGAAAAAUCAUGGGCUACUCUCUCUAACCAUGUCAUACAUGAAAAGUUACUUGCUAUUAUAGCUUAUUAUAUUGAUUAUGGUGGAAAAAAUAUACUAACUAAAGAAUACAGAAAUAAUGCAUUAUUAGCAUCUCGUUUAUAUUACAAACUCUUAUUAGUACCCGGAUAUAAAGCAUACCAUAUUUAUCAUUCUCAAUUAUUUGCUCAUUCUCUUGUUUGCCUUGGAUUUCCAAAAACUAUGUGUGAAAAUGAAGAUAGUUAUUAUAACUCAAAAGAGCUUACAAGAGAAGUAAAUUCGGUCAUAAGAGAACUACGGCACUUUGUUUUUGAUCUACAAGCUAUCAUUAAAACGCUACAAUUAAGCCCAAAUGAUAUGAACUUCGAGGAUAUACUGAGUAAUUUGGUUGAUAUAACUGGAGGUGCAAUUGUUAACAAACUUAAUGUGGAUAAAAUAGAACUAGCUAAUAUAUCUAGAGUAAUUUAUGAGAUGAUUGAUGUAUUAAUAUGUGAAGUCAAUGGUGACCCUAACAAAAAUGCAAUACAAUUGCUGUUCAAAUGUAUACUUCCAAAACUUAUUGCAGCAUCAGUGGACUGCAAGAAUGCUAAUAAUCUUGUAAGGGCAUCAUAUGUUACAUAUUCUGGAUUACUUCUUAGUAAAUAUGGAAAAUCAGCAUUAUCAGGAUACACUAUACUACUACAACACCUAUGCUAUACUUUAGAUGGAUUAGAGCGUGCAGAAGUUCGUUCAGCUCGUGUUUCUUUAGUAAUUGGCCUGAUGAGCUUACUUCCACAGAAAUCAUAUCGUAACAUUGUUAAGUGGUUGAUAAAACUGUCUACUACCGCAAAGGUUUCCCAUCGCCAUAUUGCAAUGGAAAUGCUGUCAAAACUAUUAAGUAAUGAACCUGAAGAAAACAAAUCAAAAGAAACUACAUCAGAAAAAGAAAUAUCAGAUAAUGCUUCACCACCUACCACUGAACAACAAUCUCAAACUGUGGCAACUGAUGUUGAAACACAGGAUAAACUCGAAGAUAAUACUGAGAACCAACAUGCAGCCUCUAUGUCGACUGAUGAUGAAAGUAGUCAAGAAUUACCAAUUACACAGAAAGGAAUUGAUGACCAUGAGAUGACGGAGGAGGAGGUGGAGGGGCUAUUGCAUGCCCGGGCGCAUACAGUUCCGCUGACAGAAGUACUGCGCGCUGUGUACGAGCGCGUCACCGACGUCUCCGGUACGCUGCGGACGCGAGCACUCGUGUUGCUCGCCGAAUGCAUCGCUAGCGACCGCCUUGCCAUACACCAAGCAGUCGAAGAGCUGAACGGUAAUGGUGCUGUGUCGCGGCUGAUGGCGGCCGGCGCUCGCUGCGUGUCGGACGAGCGCGCGGCAGUGCGUCGCGCUGCCGUCACGCUGCUGCAACGCCUGCUUGCGCGAUAUCCCAACCCGCCACCUACCGAUCUCGGGAUUCUUGUGAGUUUGUGCCGAGACGCAAGUAUCCUGGUGCGAUCGGCAGCAAUCACCGCCCUCGGAGAACUUGUCAUACAAUCUCCUAGCGACACUAUGAUUGAUGCAUUCCUCUCUGGACCCAUGCAUCAACUUUCAGACCCUGAAAAUAAGGUUCAAGAACAAGUGGUAACUUUACUUCAACAAAUACUACUUGAUCGUCUGCAAAAAUAUGAGACCACAGACGUGGAGGACCCGCUGCCUUGGAUGUUCCUCGCGGGGAUCACUCGCCACAACAUGCGGAGACAUCUUCAGAAGGCUUGCACACUGUUGGCCAAGAAUUCUAAUUCCAUCAAUCAUCGCCUGGUAGACAUGUUGAGCACACACCUGGGCGCAGCGUGCGACGACCGCGACCUGCAGUGUCUGGUGCUGCUCACGAGCAUCGCGCGCUUGGUUGACUACUCCGACAUCAGCUUUGUGCUCGACUACUAUUACAAACUAGCUGAUGACACGAAGAGUCGCGACGCGCGGCUGCUGCCGCUAGCGCUGGAGUUGGCAAGCGUGUGGGCACGCUGGGCCGCGGCCGCCGCCCGCGUCGCGCUGCGCCACCACCUGGUGCAGCGGCUCGCCAGCGGCGACGGCGAGGGUCAGUACCACACUACAGGAUGCCGCAUCGCGUGUGCCGCAUUAGCCGCGCAAUUAGAUCCUGACAAUUUACAGUGGGCUACUGAACUGAUGCAAUUAUCGGAACAACGUGCUCUAAGCGGUACGGGGGGCGGCGAAUUGGAGGAAUGGAUGCGGGCGGCGGACUUAUCGCUAGUUGCGCCGGUGCCGCCGUCGCCUGGCCUGCUGAAGCUCUUCCUUGAUGCCCUCACUGAUCCUCCACCAGAGUGGUGCGAGGCGCAGCGCGGCGCGUGCGUGGCGGGCGCGGGGCGGCUGUGCGUGCGGUCGCGCGAGGCCGCCGCCGCCGCCGCGCCGCGCCUGGCCGCGCUGCUGCACCACCCCGCCGCGCCGCUCGCCGCCAGGCUCAACGCGCUGCACGCGCUCACAGACAUAUGCACCAGGUACACGUGCAUCGUGGAGCCGCUGCUGGGCGCGGUGUGCGGCUGCGUGGAGGCGAGUGCGCCCGCGCCGCUGCGCCGCGCCGCCGCGCGCGCCCUCACGCGGCUGCUGCUCGCCGGCUUCCUGCGCCUGCGCACCCCGCUCUACUACCGAUACUGCGCGUUGCUCGCGGACGAGGACCACGACGUCCGCGAGCCGGCCGAAUACUACGUCACCAGUUGCCUCACCGCCGACGCUAUCUACCACCACUUCGUCGACUGCGUGUUACAUUAUAACAAAGAAGACAGUGCGGGCAUCUCGUUCGACGCGCGGCAACUCAUCUACGACGUGAUGCUGCAACGGCUGUCGCUGGUGCAGAAACUGAACGUGCAGUGCCGGCUGGCGCGCGAGGUGCUACAGCACGCGGCUGACUCGCUGGACGAGCACGACGACCUGCCGCCCGCGCUGCACGCCGCGCUGCUCGACGCCAUCACGCUGCUCUGCGGACCCAGGAUGAAGCUACCCAAGAAACCACAAAACACGGGGGAUGCUGAUAUUGAAGACCUCCAUGAACGAGUCACUACUAAUAUUGUUUCUCAUAAAAUGAAGCGCACGGUAGCGGAGGUGGUGGUGCCGGCGGUGCUGCAGCUGUACGCGCGCAUGGGGCCGCGCGGCGGACAGCUCGCCGUCUACCUCGUGCGCAUCGCCACCGACCUGCUCAACGACUACCGCCACGAGAUCGAGGAGUUAAUAGAAAACGACGAGGAAUUGGUGGAACGCGUGCAGCAAUUCCAGGAGACGAUCGGGCUGGCACCGCCCUUCGGGAAUACACGCAAUCUGGUGACGGCCUCGGCGCCGCCCGAGCCGGACACGCCGCGCGCGCCGCGCCGACGCCCACGCGUACCCGACGGCGGCGCCGCGCCGCGCUCUUACAAGAAACGAGCGUUGCGUAUCUAACGACCCUUGAGAUCUCGCUAAACCUUGUAUCAUCUGCCUAGGUGGAUAACGCAACAAAUUCAUUUUAUGUAGUUUUAAGAUAUACAAUUUAUCUCUUCGUUUUUUUUUUUUUGUAAUAAAAACAUAAGUAAUUAA